AUGAAAAAAAGGCCUGCGAAAGACGAAAUAACUCCACCAAGUUCGACGGUGAGAAGGAUUGAUGUUGGUCCUUGUAAAGCUCCCCUUUCACCGGAGCUUUCGUCGCCAAUAGCUCCCUCUAAAGCUAAGAAACAUAAGUCCAGUGGAAAUUUGACUUUACAAGAGCUUCUGAAGUCACUGGAAAGUAGAAGGGCUGCAGGAGAGAUGAUGAAGAAACCUCCAUAUUCAUAUGCGACUUUGAUUGGACUGGCGAUUUUGCAGUCAAGUAGUGGGAAACUUACCUUAUCGCAGAUUUACAAUUGGAUCUCAGUUCAUUUCCCUUACUAUCGAUUGAAGGAUUCCGGCUGGCAAAACUCGAUAAGACAUAACCUUUCGUUAAAUGAAGCAUUUAUCAAGACUGAUAAGUCGUGUGAUGGGAAGGGCCAUUUCUGGGAAGUCAAAUCAGGGUAUGAAACGAGGUUCUUCAAGGGUGAGACUAAGUCUAUUGAAGAUCUUAGACUCGUCCUGCAAGAUAUCGACUCAUUAUUCGAUUUUGGGCUCAAUGAGCCAACUCCAGUCGAAAAAGGUCAUGACUCUGAGGAUGAGAAUGUGCUGUUGCAAUUGAACUCUUCUCCAACAGCUAUGCCUUCGCAUGUGAAGCUUACAGUCUCGGAUUUUAGUGGCCCAGAAACGCCGGUCCCGGAGGCACAAAAGAGUAAUUACAAUACAUUGAGCCCUCCUUACCCACUGAGGAAAUUCCACACUAGUCUUGGACUGCCGAGAGUGGUCACAGAUAGUUCUUCUAAUACACUUGCAGCUCCAAGCUCCACUCAUAACAUGUUUCUUUCGUCCCAGGAUUUCAAGAGAUACACCUGUUCUUUCAACUCCAGCUUUGAAGAGGUUGAUAACCAAGCUGAUGAUACUUUCCUAGAUCCAGUUCUCGAUGAACCGUUCGAGGGCGUAUGCGAACAGGAAUCGCUUCAACAACCACAGCACAACGACCCACUGCGGACCCCGAAGACAUCCCAAAGACAAAAUUGGGAAAGAACUCCAUGCAGAUUUAUCACAACGCCAAAGGACGCAAGUUCCACUUUAAAGAAAUGGCAAACACCAUCGCAUCUUUUUGAAGACUUGUACUGUUCACCGAUCUUCAAAUGUCUCGCCGAGACUCCCUCACGCGAAUCAGACGCUAGAGCGCUCUCACCAAGGAGGUUAUCUGCUCAUAGCGCUGGUGGUAGUCGAAAUAGGUCAAAAUUCUCUGCUGGGGGGUUAUUUGGAGUAGAUGUGUAUGCUGUGUGGAAAAGAGCUACCGAGGAUGUAGCAAGCAAGAAGGCAAAUUCGUCAGGGAAACUCGAGCAACCAUUCGAGUCGACCCUGACCGCGUCCGAGGAGGAUUGUGAAGCCAGGGAUCAUGGGAAAGGAGAAUUAAUGGAGUUUUAG